AAGGACAUGUUUUAUUCCUAUCCAUAUAAAAAACUUCGUUUUCCCAUUCAGUGUAUUUGGCUAAAACUGAAUGGCUCAUGGCCUUUAGCGGAAUCGUCAAUCGAAAAGAAAAGCAAACCUUUUUAUGGCAAUUCAUUUUUUGCCACUGCUUAUACAACAUGGGCGUGGUACGUCAUAGCUUCCGUUGGGAUAACAAUCAGUUAUCAAACGGCUUUUUUGCUCAAAAACCUUUCGGAUAUCAUAAUCACCACGGAAAACUGUUGUACAACCUUUAUGGGAGUCCUUAAUUUUGUGAGACUCAUUCAUUUGCGCCUAAACCAGCGAAAAUUUCGGAAACUAAUUGAACAUUUUUCAUACGAAAUCUGGAUUCCAGACAGUUCUAAAAACAAUGUUGCUGAGGAGUGCCGUAAGCGCAUGAUCACAUUUAGCAUAAUGACGGCGUUGCUAUCAUGCCUUAUAAUCAUGUACUGCGUCUUACCCUUGGUUGAAUUAUUUUUCGGCCCCGAAAUAGACCAAGAGGAAAAGCCAUUUCCCUACAAAAUGGUCUUUCCAUACAAUCCGUACCAUAAUUGGAUCAGCUAUGCGCUGACCUACAUGUUUACGUCAUAUGCAGGAAUCUGCGUGGUGACCACUUUGUUUGCAGAAGACACAAUACUUGGAUUCUUUAUAACCUACACUUGCGGCCAGUUUCGAUUGCUACACGAACGAAUCGACAAGAUAUUUACGGGAAUAGUUAAUCCGGAAUUGGCUGAAGAGGUUCAACUGGAGCGCAUCAAACGUAUUGUACAAAAACACAACAAUAUUAUCAGAUUCGCUAAGCGCUUGGAGGACUUCUUUAAUCCAAUUCUAUUGGUCAACCUUAUGAUUUCAUCAGUUCUUAUUUGCAUGGUUGGCUUUCAAAUAAUAACUGGAAAUAAUAUGUUUAUUGGGGACUAUGUAAAGUUUAUUAUAUAUAUAUCCUCGGCACUUUCGCAAUUAUACGUACUCUGCGAGAAUGGCGAUGCUCUAAUAAAACAGUCCACUCUGACAGCGCAAGUUCUUUAUGAAUGUCAAUGGGAAGGCUCAGAUCGAAUUGAGUAUCAUUCUUAUAAACCAUCUAGCAAGCGAGUCCGAAAUCACUUAAGCUUUAUGAUACUUUGCAGCCAACAACCCGUAAGGAUAACGGCUUUCAAAUUCUCAACUCUGUCUCUGCAAAGUUUUACCGCGAUAUUAAGUACGUCCUUAAGUUAUUUUACCCUUUUGAGGUCUGUUUACUUCGAUGACGAAAAUAAACUUGACUAAAUAAAUGUUUAUAAUAAAGUAGUGCAACGCAUAUUUAAACUAGAUGCGAACAUGAUAUCAUAUUGCUUUAAAAACUAGAUGUAGAAAAAAUAUAGUGUCUAGUCUAGUUCCGAACAAAAUAAAAUGAAAAAGGCUAUAUGUUUAAA